CUGUCGAUUGCGAUCGAACUCUACCGUUUUAUCUUCAAUUUUUCAUUUGCUUUCAGCAAUGCAGUGAGUGGAACUUACAACAAUUUUUCAAGAUUUGGCUGGUCAUUAGCAAUUGCUUGGGUCAUCAUCGCAAAUCAUUUGGGAUGGGGAGGAAUAAUUGCUGAGUUCAUGGAUCAUCCGCUGUGGCAACCAUUGGGCAAACUUUCUUACUGCGGAUACAUUGUGCACUUCUUCUUGAUUUCAUAUAUAUUCAACUUAGAUGAUCGACCAUCACAUUUUGUUUCGAUUUGGCGAACUGUAGGUGCUGAAGACAACACGGCUUUUGUGAUUCGUUACUUUCAGUACAUACAUUGGGGUAUACCAACAGUUGUUGUCUCAUAUGUAUUCGCUUUCUUUUGGAGCUGCCUCUUCGAAAUGCCCAUUAUGAAAUUGGAAAAGAUGCUGACUGCAAAUCUGAUGCCGAAAAAGAGCUCAGUUCCACCCAAGCAGGCUGUUGAGCAAAGCACAAACGAAGACGCAAGCGGGACCAAGAAGAACAUUUGUUGAAG